CUGGGCAGGAAAAUGGUCAGAAAAUCCCUGGUGGCUGGGUUGGUAGUUUUGCUGGUGGCUGCAGUGGGAGUGUUCGUGGGGGUGUUCAUGGGGGUGGGAAACAAGAGCCCCAUCUCCCCCUCAGACCAUUUCUACUCCAAAGCUGCCGUGGCUGCAGAUGCUGGAACGUGCUCUGAGGUGGGGAGGGACAUUCUGAAGAGGAAUGGCUCAGCGGUGGAUGCAUCUAUCGCCGCCCUUCUGUGUGUUGGCCUCCUGAACGCUCACAGCAUGGGCAUUGGAGGGGGGCUCUUCUUCACGAUCUAUAACGCUUCCGCAGGGAAGGUUGAAACCAUUGACGCGAGGGAGACAGCACCCAUGAACGCGACAGAAGACAUGUUUGGCAAUAACACCCAGCUUUCUCGGAAAGGUGGAUUGUCUAUUGGUAUUCCUGGGGAGAUCCGUGGUUACGAAAUGGCACACAGGAGACAUGGCAGGCUGCCAUGGAAGGAGCUGUUUGAGCCAAGCAUUGCUUUGGCACGCAUCGGUUUCCCUAUAGGCAAAGCCCUGGCCAAAGCCAUCUCCAAGAACAAGGACGCUAUUCAAGGAGAUGCCAAUAUGUGUGAAGUGUUCUGUGACUCCCAGAAAAACAUCCUGAAGGAAAAUGACAUCGUUAAAUUUCCCAAACUAGCAGACACCUACGAGAGGAUAGCAGAGGAGGGACCGAAUGUUUUUUACAAUGGGACAAUGGCACAGACAAUUGUGGAUGACAUCCAGGCAGCAGGUGGGAUUAUAACCCUGGAGGACCUGCUGGAGUACCGGCCUGUGUUGAAUGAGAACCCACUGAAGCUGACCGUGGGAGAGUACACCAUGCACGUCCCAGACGCCCCCUCCAGCGGCCCAGUCCUGGCACUCAUACUCAACAUAGUGGACGGGUAUAAUUUUACUGGCACGAGUGUCUCUACGUCCGAGAAAAGGACUUUGACAUAUCACCGCAUCGUGGAAGCAUUCCGAUUUGCUUAUGCCAAGAGAAGCAGACUAGGGGACCCACGCUAUCUCAAUAUCACUGAUCUCAUCCACAACAUGACCUCAGACUACUUUGCUGACGGGAUCAGGAGCAAGAUCACAGAUGACACCACUCAUCCCGACAGCUACUAUGAGCCAGAUUAUUUUGUCCCCGACAAUCACGGGACAGCACACCUGUCCGUCAUAGCAGAGGAUGGAAGUGCUGUGGCUGCCACCAGCACAAUCAAUCUAUAUUUUGGCUCCAAAGUCAUGUCCCGAUCAACUGGCAUCAUUUUCAAUGAUGAGAUGGAUGACUUCAGCUCUCCCCACAUCACCAACGGCUUUGGAAUCCCUCCAUCUCCUAACAACUUCAUCCAGCCUGGUAAAAGGCCUCUAUCUUCUAUGUGCCCAACUAUUAUCUUGGACAAAGACAAUAGAGUGAAAAUGGUGGUGGGAGCCUCUGGUGGAACAAAGAUCACCACAGCGACUGCCCUAGUGAUUCUGAAUUCCUUGUUCUUUGACUACGACCUCAAAAAAGCUGUGGCACAACCUCGAAUUCACAAUCAACUUAACCCAAAUAUGACAGUAGUGGAGCACGGCUUUGAAAAGAGUGUAUUAGAUGGUCUGGUACAGAAGAACCAUGUCACAGAGCUGCUGAUGACUCCUGGAUCAGUAGUUCAGGCGGUGGUUCGACAGGGGGAGCGGCUCUGUGCUGAGUCCGACCCCAGGAAAGGGGGUUAUCCAGCGGGCUACUGAGUCUCCAUAAAGAAACAGGGACAUUAAGAGACAGGGCCAUAGAGGCCAUGUAUCUGCAAUGAGAUGCAAACAAUGGCUCCUCAAGGAGGCACAGCCACUUUUUCUUCAGCCUAAAUUCAUUUCAAGACCUGGAAAAUGACUUUACCCCACAUCAAUACCUCCUCCCUUCACACCAAAUAAUCGGCAACAUUUCUGCUUUUAUUUCAGCAUUAUUUAUUUUUGUGUUUUGAAAAAGAAGUGCGAUUGCAACUCUGAGAGUGGCAUUUUUAAAUCCUUGCUGUAUCAAGAGAUCAUUGUCAAUUAUCCUAAAGAAAGAAGUGUAUUUAUGCAAUGCAGUGGGGUAGCAGAACGCUGCACUGUAACUGUCGUUUCCUGCUGGAUGUAAAUACCAAUGGGCCAGAACUGAAAUGGAUGCCAUGGAUCACCUGAUGUACAUUCUGAAAUAGUUUGCUUAUGAAAUAUUAGCCAACAUAUUAGUCAAAUUACUCUGUGAUGAUGAGCAAUCAUUCUGUUUGACAGAAAAAUAGCCAUUUGUCUGAGAUUUAAGAAAGGUCAUGUUUUAGGGGAUAAUGUGAACACCAAUAUGAAAGGUUGUCAAAGUAGUUUGUCUCUGUCCAUUGAACAAAUCAAAUAUAGAGAAAUUACUGUUUUGUCUCUCCAUCAAGGAAAAAUGGUCUGUAUGUUUUAACCUCAGGCCUUAACCUCAGGUCUUAACUGGUCAGGUUGCUAUAUCUGUUGGUGCUUUAUGGGUUGGCUAAAGCACAAACAGAUCUGGCAACCAGGCUACAGGUCUACCAUCUGCCUUAUGAAGAUGUUGGUCACAGGUAGCUACAUUUUUAUUUUCAUGAGAAUUCUGAUCUGUAACUCUAAAAUGGUGAUUUCUGUUUUACUGAUUUCAUCUCAACUCUGCCCAUUGCCCAUGGGGGCCUGCUGUUAAUAAGGGCUCAAAUAUGGCUGCCAUUGACCUAUUCAAAUGGUAUUUUUAUAUAUUUUUUGUGAUGAGGAUUGUUAAGAAAGACACAUUUUUAAUGUUUAAUAUCGAGUAAGUGAAUGUAGUGUAUUUAAAAAAAUACAUGUGCAGUUAUAUAUUUUUUAACUUGCAUUGUUCUCAUGCCAUGCUUGUU